AUGCUGCUGCAUAUAAACCCAGCUUAGUUAUUUAAAUUGCUGCAUGGAUUCCCACCAUGGAUAAUGCCUACCGAUGGGAAUUUAGGUGACAAAAAUGUUCAGAUGGGGAAACCAGGGCACAGAGAGGGUGCCACCAUGCACGUGAAGAAGUACCUGCUGAAGUGCCUGCACCGGCUGCAGAAGGGCCCCGGCUACACGUACAAGGAGCUGCUGGUGUGGUACUGCGAUAACACCAACACCCACGGCCCCAAGCGUAUCAUCUGCGAGGGGCCCAAGAAGAAAGCCGUGUGGUUCCUGCUCACCCUGCUCUUCACUGCUCUCGUCUGCUGGCAGUGGGGCAUCUUCAUCAGGACCUACUUGAGCUGGGAGGUCAGCGUCUCCCUCUCCGUAGGCUUCAAGACCAUGGACUUCCCCGCCGUCACCAUCUGCAAUGCUAGCCCCUUCAAGUAUUCCAAAGUCAAGCAUUUGCUGAAGGACCUGGAUGAGCUGAUGGAAGCUGUCCUGGAGAGAAUCCUGGCUCCUGAGCUAAGCCAUGCCAAUGCCACCAGGACCCUGAACUCUUCCAUCUGGAACCACACACCCCUGGUCCUUAUUGAUGAACGGAACCCCUACCACCCCAUGGUCCUCGAUCUCUUUGGAGAUAACCACAAUGGCUUAACAAACAGCUCAGCAUCAGAAAAGAUCUGUAAUGCCCAUGGGUGCAAAAUGGCCAUGAGACUAUGUAGCCUCAACGGGACCCAGUGCACCUUCCGGAACUUCACCAGCGCUACCCAGGCAGUGACAGAGUGGUACAGCCUGCAGGCCACCAACAUCUUUGCACAGGUGCCGCAGCAGGAGCUGGUGGAGAUGAGCUACCCCGGCGAGCAGAUGAUCCUGGCCUGCCUGUUUGGAGCUGAGCCCUGCAACUACCGGAACUUCACGUCCAUCUUCUACCCUCACUAUGGCAACUGUUACAUCUUCAACUGGGGCAUGACAGAGAAGGCACUUCCUUCGGCCAACCCUGGAACUGAAUUUGGCCUGAAGUUGAUCCUGGACAUAGGCCAGGAAGACUACGUCCCCUUCCUCGCGUCCACGGCCGGGGUCAGGCUGAUGCUUCACGAGCAGAGGUCAUACCCCUUCAUCAGAGACGAGGGCAUCUAUGCCAUGUCGGGGACAGAGACGUCCAUCGGGGUACUCGUGGACAAGCUUCAGCGCAUGGGGGAGCCCUACAGCCCGUGCACCGUGAAUGGCUCCGAGGUCCCCGUCCAAAACUUCUACAGUGACUACAACACGACCUACUCCAUCCAGGCCUGUCUUCGCUCCUGCUUCCAAGACCACAUGAUCCGUAGCUGCAAGUGUGGGCACUACCUCUACCCACUGCCCCAUGGGGAGAAAUACUGCAACAACCGGGACUUCCCAGACUGGGCCCAUUGCUACUCAGAUCUGCAGAUGAGCGUGGCGCAGAGAGAGACCUGCAUUGGCAUGUGCAAGGAAUCCUGCAAUGACACCCAGUACAAGAUGACUAUCUCCAUGGCUGACUGGCCUUCUGAGGCCUCUGAGGGGGAUACAUUAGUCCUGGCCCUUCUCGCUGCCUCCUGCAGGAAGGGAAUUGUCAAGCUCAACAUCUACUUCCAAGAAUUUAACUAUCGCACCAUUGAAGAAUCAGCAGCCAAUAACCUCGUCUGGCUGCUCUCGAAUCUGGGUGGCCAGUUUGGCUUCUGGAUGGGGGGCUCUGUGCUAUGCCUCAUCGAGUUUGGGGAGAUCAUCAUCGACUUUGUGUGGAUCACCAUCAUCAAGCUGGUGGCCUUGGCCAAGAGCCUACGGCAGCGGCGAGCCCAAGCCAGCUACUCCGGCCCACCACCCACGGUGGCUGAGCUGGUGGAGGCCCACACCAACUUCGGCUUCCAGCCUGACACGGCCCCCCGCAGCCCCAACACCGGGCCCUACCCCAGUGAGCAGGCCCUGCCCAUCCCGGGCACCCCGCCCCCCAACUACGACUCCCUGCGUCUGCAGCCACUGGACGUCAUCGAGUCUGACAGUGAGGGUGAUGCCAUCUAACCCUGCCCCUGCCCACCCCAGUGGCUCGAACUCACUGAGCAGCCGAGACUGUUGCCCGAGGCCUCACUCUAUGGUGCCCUCUCCAAAGGGUCGAGAGGGUAGCUCUCCAGGCCAGAGCUUGUGUCCUUCAACAGAGAGGCCAGCAGCAACUGGCCCGUUCCUGGCCAAGGGCUCCGUAGGAUCACGGUGUUGGUGCAGGAUGCAGGAAUUAGUUGUAUCUUCACCUGGUUCCUACCCUCGUCCCUACCUGUCCUGAUCCUGGUCCCGGCCAGGCCCUGGAGACCCCUCAGAACACCUUCUCCUGGUGGCAGACUACUUCCCUCCCAGUGCCAGUCUCCGUCCACCCCAGAGAGGAACAGGCAGGCGGGCCAUAUGGUCUUCUCCUUCCGGGCCUUGGCUGGCCUCUGGGGCAGGGGUGGUGGAGAGAUGGAAGGGCAUCAGGUGUGGGGACCCUGCCAGGUGGCACCUAAUUUACUCUAGAAAAUAAACGCAGAAAACACUGAG